UUUCCGGGCAAAGAUCUUGCUAGCUCUGAAUUAGCAUGUCUUCAAAUCAUUACGAGAAGGAGAUCACAAUAGUAAGAGCUCCUGAGGACUUCAAGGCUGUCGAAGUCACGUGAACAAGAUGAUUAUUAAUGCAUUCGUGGCUGAGGCGGGGAAUUCAGCCAACCCCCAACAACGCGAACUGUCCCGAAGCGUCCGAAACCAGACCUCAUCAACGCGCAUCUAACACGCUGACAGUUGAAUUCAUCGGAAAGAUCAAAAAAAUAUGGCGACAAUGCAAGCUGCGAAGGAGAGUCGCUCAACGACAUCUUGUACCGAAUGCCAGCGCCGGAAACAAAAGUGCUCGCGCGAGUGGCCGUGUAAUCAUUGCCAAGCGAGAAAAGUGCCUCAUUUGUGCCAGUUUGGGCAGAAGAAGGCUUCUCCUCCGGAUUCUGCUCGGGAGAAGUCCAGUGAGCUCCGAGGGCAGAAGAGGAGCCUUCCUGAAUCGACGGAGGCUACUGCUGCGUCCCAGGAGAAUACCCAACAGGCUGAGGAGGAACCUGAAGAUGGGUUGAGAAUGUGGGGCUACAUGCCUGGGCAUGUUCAUUACAAUCUCACUUGUGCAGGUGCAGAGAGCCUGUGUCCAAAAGAAGCUGAAGACGCGGACAAAUCCAAUGAGGUCGACAAGGUCUUACCUGCGAUCCCACCUAGGUCUAUUACAGAUGCAAUCGUGAAUCACUUCCUCACCGUCGUCAACUACCGGUAUAACGCAAUAUAUGCUCCGACAUUUACAGAUCACUAUGUGCAAUGGUGGUCGGAUCGGGCCAACGGCAAGCGACUCUCUCCGGAGUUCACCUGUCUCCUGCUCAGAAUCUGCGCCUAUGCCGUGCAGUACCUCACUUCUCCACUUCGCAAAAUGAUGGAGUUCGAGCUAGCCUGCAACUCACAGGCAUUGACAGAACGCUUCUCGAACGCGGCGGAGCAGCUUAGUACGACGUUCUCGCCUUCGACGUCCUGCAUCGAAAGAGUCCAAGAGCAGUUCUUGAAGGGAGUCUGGCUGAAGUCGGAAUCAAGGAUUGUGGAAUCGUGGCAUGCGCUAGGCUGCACGAUCCGCGAGGCUCAGGAGCUUGGAAUCGACAAAGACCUUGGUACUGAAGGCCUGACCGAAUUCGAGAUCGAGAUCAGAAGACGCUUGUGGACUUUGCUUUUCGUCUGGGACUGGCAAAUGUCAGCAUGGCUGGGACGUCCACAUCUCAUCGACCAGAAGGACUUAUCCUUCGUCUUUCCAAAUCUGCGACUCGAUCAGUGUCCCACUCAGCCUAACCUGCUAUCACCCUUCGCGCACAUUGCGCUUCAAGCCCACCUUGCUCGGAGAGUGGUGCCACUGAUGGGAGACAUUCAAGUCAUCAGCCAGCUCUCAGCCGAGCAGGUCAUCGCUGUCCAAGAAGAGUGCCAAACGUUCAUCGAGGACCUGCCUCCCGUCUUCAAAAUGGACGACCCCGAUCUCUCGCUGGACAUUGAGCAUCCGUACUACGUCUUCCAGCGGUUCCAGCUGCACGCUGUCAUCUACAUGACCAUGCUGGAUUUCCUAAAACCCUACUUAUCGCGCGAUCCCAAGAAUCCCAAGACGCCGUACGAUGAAGAAUUACGAAAGACAGGCGUCGAGCUGGGGCUAAAGCUGCUGGAGGUAGCCCGAUUAGUGUUCGACCACGAGUUCCCCAUCAACGCCAAGUUCCACAUGGUCGUCUUUUGCAUCUUCGAUACUGCGACCAUACUCUGCUCGGCCAUCAUCCACGACACCGAGCACGUCCUGCCUCAUCGCGACAGGGUUAUGGAUGCAGUCGAGAGCGCGCUCGAUAUGCUGCAUCAGCUCAGCCUUACCACGAAAAUCGGAGCCUCGUCGUAUCACUUCCUGUUCAAGCUUGUCCAAGCGGCGCCCGUGCUAUCGCGAUACUCGCCGAUCCGCAAGAGGCAGAGACGAGAGACUUCCAUUUCCCCUCCAGACCCAACUACACCGGCAGUAGCACAAGCAGCACCAGCGUAUAUCGUUCCGCAAGCGGAACCUUCGACGAAAGUAGCGACCACCGCCAUGGAUCCGGUGCCGAUUAUGCCUACUACGGACGAUCUGUCUUUCGACCUGGACCAGUUCCUCGCUCAGAAUCCAUUUGGAGGAUCAAGCUCGGCGGCACUGGAUAUGGGUGGAAUGGAGGUGAUUUGGGAUUGGGAGGAGUUGAAUCUUGAUCAAUUUGGGCACCCGGACCCACCAGCUUAGAAUUCGCGCGACGAUUCAACCAUAAAUGACCAUCUCUGGAGCCUUGUUCAUGGAAGGAGGGGAUUAGGCUGGAAGACGCUACGACCUCGUAUUGAUCUGUUUGCUUCGAGCGAAGCGUCUG